CUCUGGCUCUGCUCCCGAAUCUGGCUCUGGUCCAGGUCUUACCCCUGGAGCAAAUGCAGAACCCGGCCCUGCCCCUGAGCCCGGAUCCUGCCCUUCUGAAAAGCUCAUCCACCUGGAGGUAGAUAUUCCUCCUAUAUGCACCACCUGGGUCCAACAAUACUACGAGCAACCUCAGAAACAACCACCCUGGGAAUCUUUGCAAGUUACAGAACCUGGAGUGAGAGGACCACAGGAUCCCAGGCAUGUGACAGGAAAGUCUACGCUUCUCCAUAAAACACUGCCAAGGGGCAGGUGUCUUCUUUACAACUGGGAAGAAGAGAGAGCCACUGAUCACCUGGAUCAAGUCCCAUGCUCCCAGGAUGGCUCUGAGAGCUUCUUCUUCCGACAUGGACACCAGGGACUUCUGACCAUGCAUCUACAAUCACCCAUGUCCUCCAGCACCACCCAGAGGGAUUCAUACCAGCCCCCAGGAAAACCAUGCCAGCCACUUCGAGGGAAUCGUGCAGCCAUGCUGGAGAUGUACUUGUACCACCAAAUCUGUAACGAGCUUGAGGCAGAACAGGAACCCAAGAGGAAGCUCUUUGAGGUCGAGUCAGUAACACGCCAUGACUAUGGAGUGAAGCUUGCCCCAGCAAGGCCUCCUGCCCCAACAAAGGCUCAUGACUACCGCAAGGAGCAGCCUGAAACCUUCUGGUUACAGAUGGCAUCAAAGAUUCCGGGUGUCAGUAACAUCAGGACAGUGGACACACCAUUCUGGAAGAACUGCAGCUUCUCAACACCAUUGCCGUUGUGUCUGGGAGAUCCUUUGCCAUGUGAACCUGAAAGUUAUCCCCAGAAGUUGGGAACAGUGUCUUCCCUUGCCUGUCAGGGAAGCGAGUUGGAGUGUCAAAGUAGGAAAACAACUCCUCCCUAAAGGUUGAAGAAGGAAAUUAAUAUAGAAUUUGGAAUCUGUUUGUACUAAAGAGUUUGCUGGAGAAGAAGCUGACUCUAUAUACUUACAUAAAGGGUCCUCUCUCAUCCUGAAUAUGCUAAUUGAUUGAUUCU